AUGGAUCUUCAAAUCCUCUACUUUACAUCCAUUUUCUCCAUUUUCAUUUUCAUGUUAAUUACACACAAGAUAGUAACCAAAAAAUCUGUCUCAACUCCAAAUUUACCACCAGGGCCAUGGAAGCUACCUGUCAUAGGUAACAUACACAACCUUGUUGGCUCUGCACUUCCCCAUCACCGACUUAGAGAUUUAUCAGAAAAAUAUGGACCCUUGAUGCAUUUGAAGCUUGGAGAGGUUUCUACCAUUGUGAUUUCAUCCCCAGAGUAUGCCAAGGAGGUUAUGAAAACCCAUGAUCAUAUCUUUGCCUCGAGGCCUUAUAUCAUAGCUGCAGAGAUAAUGGACUAUAAUUUCAAGGGUAUAGCUUUCACACCUUAUGGUGAUUAUUGGAGACAGAUAAAGAAGCUAAUGUCAUUGGAGAUGCUAAACUCAAAACGUGUCCAGUCUUUCCAACCAAUCAGAGACGAAGUGCUCACUGGUUUCAUCAAAUGGAUUGCUUCAAAAGAAGGAACACCUGUUAAUAUUACCAAAGAAGUGAUUUCAACAGUAUUUGCCCUCACUGCAAGGAUAGCCCUUGGCAACAAUUGCAGGCACCAUCAAAAACUAAUAUCACUGGUAAAGGAAGCUACAAAGGUUGCUGUAGGUUUUGAUUUGGCAGAUUUGUAUCCUUCUGCUAAAUGGCUUCAGCACAUGUCUGGGUUGAAGCCUAAACUUGAGAAGUUGCAUCAACAAGCUGACCAGAUAGUGCAAAACAUUAUCAAUGAACGCAGAGAGGCUAAAUCAAGUGCCGCACAAGGCCAAGAUGAAGACAUGGAGGAAGUUCUUUUAGACGUGCUCUUGAAGCAGGAGUUCUUAAGUGAUGAUAAUAUCAAGGCUGUGAUCUGGGAUAUCUUUGCAGGUGGAGGUGAUACAUCAUCUUCAACCAUAUCAUGGGCAAUGACAGAAAUGAUUAAAACUCCAAGAAUAAUGGAAAAGGUACAAGCUGAGGUAAGAGAAGCAUCUGAUAGAGAAGGAAAGCCUAAUAGAAGUGGCAUAGAAAACCUAAAAUAUUUGAAAUCUGUUGUUAAUGAGACAUUAAGACUACACCCUCCGAGUCCUGUUUUGAUUCCAAGAGAAAGUGGACAAGCUUGUGAGAUCAAAGGGUAUCACAUACCUAUGAAAAGCAGGAUCAUAGUGAAUGCUUGGGCAAUUGCAAGAGAUCCAAAUGUGUGGACUGAGGCUGAGAGGUUUUAUCCUGAGAGGUUCAUUGAAUGUUCUAUUGACUACAAAGGUAAUGAUUUCAAAUACAUUCCAUUUGGUGCUGGAAGAAGAAUGUGCCCGGGCCUCACACUUGGCUUGAGCAACGUUGAGUAUGCACUUGCAUUGUUGAUGUAUCAUUUUGAUUGGAAACUUCCCAAUGGAAUGAAAAAUGAGGAUUUGGACAUGACCGAGAUAUUUGGAAUAACAGUCACUCAAAAAGAUGAUUUAUAUCUCAUUCCAAAAACUUUUCAUACUUAGCCUGUGGACCUACUCUCCAUUUGGCAUAUAUAAAAAUAUGUCCACCAUUAUACAGU